UCUCUGUCUCGCUUCCUUGUUGAAAGAGUUAGGGUUUCGUUUAUCUGUUCCUUUUUGGUUUCUGUAUCCAAAACAGUACAAUGAGGAAGAAGGGAGCGACGAGAAACGGUGCUCCGAAAGAUCGCAAAGGUGAUCAGAACGACGAGAUGAUCUCUGCUCGUCGUGGUGGUGGUAAGAGAAAGAGGGGCACGAACAAGGAAACUCAGAAGGAUGAUAACGUGAAGAAGAAGAAAUCGAGAGUGACGAAACCACAACAGGAAGAAGAGACAGAGUACUUCGAGGAAAAACGUAACCUAGAAGAUUUGUGGAAAGCUGCGUUUCCAGUGGGAACUGAUGCACUCUGGGGACUCAACUGGGACUUCAAACACCUAGAAGAAGCCUUGGAGGAAGGAGGGUUUCUCCACGGUAAGAAAGUUUAUGUUUUAGGGUUUGCAGAACCUCAACACUGUCUUGACAAGGAUCAAGAAUACUUUUUUGUCAGUGUCCCAACGGUUGUUGUCAUCGAAUCAACCGCUGAGCCUUCUAAAGAGCUAGCAAUCAAAUCCCUUCAGAGCGCAUCAGAAGAAGGAGCCAUUACGAUGAGAACGGGAUGGGUUCCUUACAUUCCAUUAGAAGAAAGAGACAGACAAGUUGAGAAGACAAUCUCUCGGAUCUUUACUUUGUUCUGUAACAAUAGGAGAGCUGCUCUCAGAGACAAGAAGGAAGAACGUGAGUAUUGUCUUCCUUAUUUCUCUGACUCGGAGGAAGAUGAUCCUGAAGAGUGUUCUACUGAGGUCUACAUAAUGUUCCCUUCUGACCCGCCGGUUACAUGUUUGUUCGACUGGGAGUUUGAUGACCUUGAGGAGUUUGCUGAUGCAAUGAUCAAAGUUGAAGGCUUAUCUCCGGAAGUAAAAGACGAGUUCAAAGAGCUUGUCAAAGAUCGUGUUCGAGUAGGAAAGAAAGCUCACCAACAGGCAAGAGAUAGGAGAGCGAUUGAGAAAAUGAGACGAGUCACUACUAGGCAAGCCUCUGAAAACAUGAAGCUGUACAAAUUCUACCCUAAGAACUCAGAAGACUUGGAUACAAACAUGAUCAAGUCGCCGUUCAUUGACAGAUUCUACGGGAAUGCUCAUCAAGUCUUUUGA